CUGCGCCAAGUGCUGUACCGCCGACUCCAUCGAAUUCCACUAAUGACCAGCACAGACCUUCAGAACUUUCAUGGCUCGCCUGCAACUUCUAAACCUCGUUAUCGUACCCAUACCAAUUUACCACUCUUAUCUGUCACAACCAAUCUUCCUCUCAAACCGAAGAUAAUUCAUGAUGUCCCUAUCGAUUCCAGCACUCCAACCAUCUCCCUUUCUAUUCACUCUGCAUUCCCGUCUAUGCCGACUCUCACCGACUCUGUCACCAUGUCGCUUUCGGGCGUGGUAUUCUCAUAUAACCUUGGUUCUAUGAAAACAGAUCCGCACGAGAUCACUGAAUUGUUGAAGGCCACAUCAAGUGAGCGAGGUAACUGGAUACUUGUAGCGGCCUACUAUCGGCGCAACUCUAAUCCUCGUGCCGCCAUCUUCGUGAUUAAUAGCUUACUUGAAGUGAUGGCCCAACAUGACGUACCUGAACAGGAGUUGAAACCUGCCUAUUUACUUCUGUCGAGCUGCGAGGCCGACCUUGGGAAACAAGCACGAAAUGAUUCCACGGAAUCUGCUGAGCACUACAAAAAUGCUCAAACCUGGCUUCAAAAAGUUUAUGGCACGUUUGCUUUUGAUGGCAACCCCAGCGAAGCCAAUAUCCUGUCUACGCCUGGAAUGGCAUCCUACCCACCACGUAGAUCUCCUGCUGAUACUAUUGCUCACAAGAUGGACCGCCCUUUACCACCGCCACCUUCUUCCCAGGGCCAUGACAAGAUCUUGCAACGCGAGAUUCAGUCUCUACGGGAUCGCCUUGAUCACCAAGGGAACCUACUUGCUGACGUCCGUUGCUCCAAACGAAAACUAGAGGAUGAAUUCAAUUCAGAGCGCAACCUCCGCCGCAGGCUUGAACGUCGUAUAGCCGACCUGAGGCGGAAACAGGAUGCUACACGGGGAAUGGAUUAUCAUCAUGGACAUAGAUAUCAGCCCUAGCGCCCUAUGGAUCUUUACACUCCGUCUUGCCCGUUUUUCAUCCAAUACCACUCAACUGCUCAUUCAUCCGGCUUUCCCUCGGUUUCUCCUUAUGUUUAUUCGUACUUAUUGCAUCGGCUUAUUCUGGAACCGGCCCUCACCAAAGACAUCUCUCCUCAUCUCGGAAUCUUAGGUCUAACGCAUUCUUUGUCCUUGUGGUUGUAGUCUCUACUCGCUGUCUGUACUCCAUGCUCGCUCUAACACAGCCUGAACACAAAUCAUCAUUGUGUGCUUUUACAUUCCCGCUCCUAUCCGCACGGUUUAUCCCGUCAUGAAUGUAUAUUCAAGAUCUGGACCAGAUACUGACGUUUCAAAACGAAGGCCUGUAAGGUGUUCAAAAUUUACUUCUCCACUUUACCUAUUGAUGUUCUAGCUCGGAACUUUGACGGGAUCACAAGUAACAGGCCUAUGUUGGACUCUCGGUGUCAGGAAUCACUGUUGUUUUGAGAGUUUCCAAUCGGGUUCAGAAGUUGUUUAAAAUAUAAUAAUUUCC